AUGGGAUCAAUCAUUGGUGAUUCCCCGAUCAUCAUUCCCACGCACUGUAAAGCAGGAGUCGUGGUCAAUGAAGGGCCCGAUUUCCAUGUCGAGGUACAAAUGGUGCCCGUCCCAGAGCCAGGCCCAGAUGAUGUUUUGAUCAAGCUGAAUUACACCGGGUUGUGCUCGUCGGACAUUCAUAUGAUGCAGGGAGACUUAGGGGUUCCUCCCAUGUCCACAUUCGGCGUUCGAUCCCCAGGGCAUGAAGGCGCUGGUGUUGUGGUUAAGGUUGGAGCUAAUGUAACAACAUUCAAAGUGGGUGAUAGAGCCGGGAUUAAACCGAUCAUGGAUACUUGUGGUUCCUGUGGUCAUUGCUGGGAUGACAAGGAGACGUACUGUAAGAAGGCGACUCACACUGGACUGAUGGUAGCAGGCACUUAUCAGCAAUAUUUGGUCUCACCAGCCCGUUACGCGUCACCUAUUCCAGAUGGGGUCUCCGACGAAGUCGCCGCUCCUGUGAUGUGCAGCGCCAGCACAAUCUAUCGAUCUCUGAUUGAGUCAAACCUUCGAGCGGGGGCAUGGGUUGUUUUCCCUGGAGGCGGCGGCGGUGUCGGCAUUCAAGGUGUUCAGCUAGCCAGGGCAAUGGGAAUGCGGCCCAUUGUGGUUGACACAGGAGACUCCAAGCGGAGAUUAUCAAUGGAGAUGGGCGCAGAGGCUUUUGUGGAUUUUAAGGAGGUGGCGGAUCCCACUAAGGCUAUUAUUGAAAUUGCGGACGGCGUCGGUGCCCACGGGGUGUUCGUCACAGCGCCGGCCGCAUACAAAACUGCUGUCUCUUUCACUGGUGAUCGUAUUGGAAGCGUUGUGAUGUGCAUCGGUCUCCCUCCGAUCGGGUCAAUGAUACUAGGCGAUGAUCCCUGUGCGUUUGUCUUCAAAAACCUUACCAUCAAAGGCACCCUUGUUGGCAGCCGGAGGGAUGUGGCUAUGACCUUGGAUUUUGCGCGGCGAGGGAUGCUAAAGCAUGUCAGCGAAGUAUAUCCAGUGAAUCGGAUGCCCGAGGCUGUGGAGAAACUUCGCAAAGGCCAAGUAGCUGGGCGAAUUGUGGUCAACUUUAAUUGGGAGGAGUAA